UUCAUAUAAUGAAUGAUUGAUAAUGAAAUAUUUAUUGUAAAAGUUUAUCGUGUUUAGAACGUAACCUAAAAUUAUUUAAAUCUCCAUAUGGUCCCUUUUCUAAAAGUGGAUAAGAGGGAGUGGAUUGUAACAGCCCUUGAUCAUUGUUCUCACGAUCAAAGAUGCAAAUGUGUUUUCCCACGGGUCUUCUAGGUUAUUUACAACUUGAAUCUGGCUCUUUUUAGGAGUAAAACAAAAGCAGGGGUAACUCAUUGCAAAUGAAAGGAUACGUAUUAUAGAUGAGCUUGUUAUGUUGACUUGUUGUUAUAUAUCAAAUUUGGACAAGUGCUCAGAAUUAUAAUGCAGUUAACACCUGACUGAUUGAUUUCUUUUUGAACAUUUUCCGAUAUUUUCAAGAUGAAUAAUCAACAGUUAUAUGUUUCCCAGGCAGGCUAUGGAUACACAAUAGAAGCAUUGGCAGACCCACAUUAUGAACACUGUACACCUCAGGCCCAAAAUGGCCACAGUGGACAUUUUACUGAUGCAAGAUAUAUGUUACAAAAUGAUGAAAAUUUGUAUCAGGGACAAGAAAACGUCUGUUCGACACGUAGAAACCUAAAUGGUCAUAUGGCUCAAGGCGGGUAUGAAAAUCCCGUAGACUUGUCUAGUAAAUUGAUCAAUGUGAACGGUUAUAUUAAGAGUGAAUCUGUACAAAAUGGAGGUUAUCAACGAGAAAGGACACCCAUUAUGGGCAGUCAUAGGGAACAAGAUCCUCCUCAUAUGGGUAUGGGGUCACUGACUCCUCCGGAGAAGUCAGAAUAUGACACAGUUGCCAUGUCAACCACAAGUCCACUCAACAGUAUGCCACCACAACAGACCUUAGUGGCACCUCCAAGUCCCAAAUCAACUCCGUCCCCUAGAAAUUUAAUGUACCCCUCGAGCUUUCAAAUGGAUCACAGAAGUCAGUGUCAAGAUCAAAGAUUAACCAGGGAAGCUAUGAGACAGUAUGCCAAAGAUCGGGGAGACCAAAUACUUGUGAUAUUACAUGCAAAAGUAGCUCAGAAAUCUUAUGGCAAUGAAAAAAGGUUUUUCUGUCCUCCUCCAUGCAUUUAUUUAUUUGGGAAUGGUUGGAAACGGAAAAAAGAACAAAUGGAAGCAGAAGGAGCUACAGAAACCGAAUCUACUGUAUGUGCCUUUAUGGGAAUUGGUAAUCCUGAUCAAGAAAUGGUGCAGCUUAAUUUGGAGGGCAAAAAUUAUUGUGCAGCUAAGACAUUAUAUAUAUCUGACUCGGACAAAAGAAAACAUUUCAUGUUGUCUGUUAAACUGUUUUAUGGUAAUGGACAAGAUAUUGGUGUGUUUUCUAGCAAACGUAUAAAAGUCAUAUCAAAACCAUCUAAGAAGAAACAGUCAUUGAAAAAUGCUGAUUUAUGUAUAGCCUCAGGGACACAAGUGGCAUUAUUUAACCGACUGAGAUCACAGACGGUCAGUACUAGAUACCUCCAUGUAGAAAAUGGUAACUUCCAUGCCAGCUCUACACAAUGGGGAGCUUUCACUAUACAUUUAUUGGAUGACAAUGAAGGUGAAUCAGAAGAAUUUACUGUACGUGAUGGUUAUAUACAUUAUGGUUCUACUAUAAAACUUGUGUGUUCUGUAACAGGCAUGGCUCUACCUCGACUAAUUAUAAGAAAAGUAGAUAAACAGACUGCCAUAUUAGAUGCAGAUGACCCUGUCUCUCAGCUUCAUAAAUGUGCAUUUUACAUGAAGGAUUCAGAAAGAAUGUAUCUGUGUUUAUCACAGGAGAGAAUAAUACAGUUCCAGGCAACACCAUGUCCGAAAGAACUGAACAAAGAAAUGAUAAAUGAUGGUGCUUCUUGGACAAUUAUCAGCACAUCUAAAGCAGAAUAUACCUUUAAUGAAGGCAUGGGACCAAUAAAGUCCCCUGUCACACCUGUUCCUGUUGUUAGCAGUUUACGGUUAAAUGGUGGUGGUGAUGUCGCCAUGUUAGAACUCCAUGGAGAAAAUUUUAUACCAAAUAUGAAAGUAUGGUUUGGUGAUGUGGAGGCUGAAACUAUGUUCAGGUGUGAUGAGAAUAUGUGUUGUGUUGUCCCAGAUAUAUCAGCAUUUAGGGCUGGUUGGAGAUGGGUUAGACAACCUUUAGGGGUUCCGGUGUCAUUAGUGAGAAGUGAUGGAAUUAUAUACUCUACUGGACUGACUUUUACAUAUACUCCAGAACCUGGUCCACGACAACAUUGUCGAGACAUUGAUCGGGUAUUACACGGAAAUUCAUUCAGUCCAGACUCGACAUCUUCCGCUAAUUUUAGCAACCAAGUGUAAUAAAUGGCAAUUUCUUCCAAUAUUUCGUAGUGCUUAAACAACGGUCUGCUUCCCCUGGAAGACAACCAUGCAGACAAAAUACAAUCAUGUGAUGAUCAUGUGAUCCAAGAGAAAUACCAUGUAGUUUUGAAACCUUGUAAUACUGCUGGAUAUUCAAGAAAAAGAAGUAGUGAUCAUGCGUUCAAAAGCAUUCUUCAAGACUACCAUGUACUGGAAUUGGAAGUUAUUGAGAACAUUUGUAUGAUAAUUGUCAAAAACCCUUUUGUAGCUGUCGAUGUACAGUUUGUAAUUUGUUAUUGAUGAUUUGUCACAUGACUACAAUGUAAUAUUUGACAGACAAUGUUUAUGAAUAUUUCUGACAUAUUAAUGUGAUAAUUAAUUAUGAAUUAUAGAAAUCAUUAGAUUUCACAAUAGAAUGUAUAUUUAAAAUUUAAUAUCUCUAAAUAUUUCAUUGGCAGCAUUUACUUACUUUGUAAAAAUAAGUCAUUCAGACAAAUUCUUUGAAGACUUUUUAUGGUUGUUUGAACAGAGAUGCCAGUUCUGAUAUUUAAUUUGUACAAGUUUUCUUCUAUAUGUACAAGAUGUUAUUUCUUGGUCACACUUUUGUUUUUUAUCAGGAUAACUUUAUAUUCUUACUUCAGAUUCAUUUAUUAUUUCAUCGAUACUAAUUUUUGUGGUUUGAAUGAAAAUGGUAUUUUCGUGAAUAUUGAAUUCCUGGUUUUGCUGAAACCUGCAUGUAUGCCAAUAGAACAUUUGUACUUGGCUAAACAUUUGUGGUAACUAUACACUUGGAGUUUAUAGCUUAACAUUUGUGGUAUCUAUACACUUGGAGUUUAUGAAAAUUUGUAUCCAACAAAUAAUAAUGAAUCUGCAGUUACUUUUAUAAAGGAUUAAGUGUUUUAUUGAAUUGAAAGUCUGAUUUGUAGGAAAACCCAAUCUGAGAACAAUUGUAUGAACAAAAAUAUUAAAUUUGAUAUUCACAGCUGUUAUGUUAAAUAGAUAAAUGUCUGUGUAAACAGGCAGAAACUAUAAAAUUUCACAUUCCAAAAGGCAAAAUGGCCACUUUUUAAAAGUAAAGAAUCAAUAGGGCUAAAUCAUGAAAACAAAUGUCAUCAAAUUAAAUAGGUGUCACAAUGAAAGUGAUGCACACAAAAUGCACUAGAAACUGUUAACCUCAUAUGAUUGUUUUUUGUUUGUUUGCCAUUAUAAGUGCCUUCACAAGGUGUCAAUAAUAUACAUUUUUUAAAAACUGACACAUCUAUGAUCAUACGACUAGAUUUGUACAUAGAGAAACUUUCAGUGUUCAAAGACUGCAGGUUAAACUUAAC